AUGGCUCGAUCAUCCGGACAAGUUUCUCAUGUUGCGGCAACGAUUCCAAUGGCUAUUGUUAUGGCCAUUUUUUGCAUUUUUCUAGCUAACAACGUAACCCAUGCCCGAAGGCCGACCACCUACAAUGUUGGUGACAAAAACGGUUGGGACACCAACACGGUUAUUUCGAUGGACACUUGGGCACGCGGCAAAACCUUUUACGCUGGUGAUAUUCUCGUAUUCAGAUACGAUAACAAGAUCAGCAAUUUGGUGGUGGUAAACCAACCCGGUUAUGAAACGUGUACAGCGAACAGUGGAUCGAGAGUGUACAACUCCGGCAACGAUAGGAUCCAACUUCCUUAUGGUCGUAGCUAUUACAUCGGGACAAAGAAACCGACAGAUUGUUCCGACGAUGAUUUCCGCACAUUGGACUGUUGCAUUGAAGUGUUCCGGUACGAUUAUCAACUAGUGAAUAUGUUGGUGGUAAACCGAACCGGGUAUGAAACAUGCAUACCGAACGAGGGAUACGAAGAGUAUAAUACCGGCGAGGAUGAGAUCCAACUUAUUUACGGUGGCAAUUAUUUCAUCGGAACAGAUAACUCUGUAGAUUGUUCUGCUGGUAUGAAGUUGGCAAUCAACGCCUUGUCCCCGGAUCUAAACUGUCCAUGA